AUGCUGACCAUUGCUCUUCUCGCCCUCCUCUGUGUGUCAGCCUCAGCUAAUGCCAUUCAGCCCAGGUCCUCUUCUUACAAUGGCGAGUACGGUGGUGGCGGCGGCAAUCGAUUCUCCCACUCUGGGAACCAGAUGGACGGUGCCAUCACUGCCAUUCGUGUCCGUGUCAACAGAUACUACAUUGUAGGGCUCCAGGUGCGCUAUGGCAAGGUGUGGAGCGACUAUGUGGGUGGCAAUCAGGGGGAUCUGGAGGAGAUCUUCCUGCACCCCGGAGAGUCAGUGAUCCAGGUGUCUGGCAAGUACAAGUACUACCUGAGGAAGCUGGUCUUCAUCACUGACAAGGGCCGUUACCUGCCAUUCGGAAAGGACACAGGCACCAGUUUCAACGCUGUCCCUCUGUACCCUAACACCGUGUUGCGUUUCAUCAGCGGCCGCUCAGGCUCUCUCAUCAAUGCCAUCGGCCUGCACUGGGAUUCCUAUCCCAGCGAUUGCAGCAGUUGCUGA